UGGGUUAUAAUUCUUAACCCCAAUUUCUAAUAAAUAUAUUAACUUUAUAUCACAUAAGCGGUAAGCCUCCAUAAAAGAUUUUGUAAAACCCUAACAAGAACCGCAUACAGAGUCUGAGAGAGAUGACGCAGAAAGGGAACCUAUUCAAAGGCAAACAAAAGAAGAAAGUAAUAGCUCCCAACCGCCAUGGAAAAGCCGUUCAAAUUCGCAAAGGGAAAAGAGUUGUCAAGCCUUCAAAGAUUACAAGAGACAUGGAUACUGAUAGAGAACUGACCAAAUUCAUAAAUCACUGCAACGAGGUGAAGGCAGCUACCCUUGCGAACAAGGAAGGUGGCCAACUAAGUAUUGUCAAAACGUCAGCUGGGUCCACUGCUAACAAGAAGGAUGAAAAACCCGGCUCUGAUUAAGCAUAGAUAUAAAACGUUUUUGGAAAUACAAACUAAACCCGGUUCCUGUUGUAAUGUGUUCUUAAUCUCUGUGUUUUGAAGUUGAGAUCUGUAAAAUUAUAUACCAGAUUGAACAGAAUGGAACAAGGUUCAACAGUUUUGAUCA